AUGACAGUUUUGGACGUUUUCUUCAGGGGCUUAUUCGGCAGAGACACACGCUCAGUAUCGGCUGUCUCCCCUAUUUAAAACAUUCGCUGGGACUUGAGGAAAAGUUCAGCAAAUGCAAAGACCUGGGGUCAUAUUUCUUUAAGAAAAGAUCACGUGGUAACUGAGUUUCUGAGUCAUUUCCGGGAAAGGAAAUUCCCAGUGGCUGAAAACUGGGAAGGCGGAACAUAACUCUUCUCUUUGGGGUGAGGGAGCCAUGGCUGCUGCAGGGGGUCACAUCCAGCGUCUCCGUGAUGAAGCCACUUGCUCCAUCUGCCGGGAUUUCUUCAAGGAUCCAGUGACCAGCCCAGAGUGUGGGCACAACUUCUGCCGAUCCUGCCUGAUCGAGUGCUGGGGGGAAUCGGAGGCAGAGGCUUCCUGCCCUCACUGCAGACAAAGCGUCCAGAGAAGGAGCCUCAUCCCCAACCGGCAGUUGGCAAACUUCGUGGAAAUAGCCAAGAAUCUCAGUGUUCAAGGAGGGAAAGAAGAAGAAAGAAAAGGAGGUGUCUGCGAGGAGCACAAGGAACCCCUGAAGCUCUUCUGCAAAGUCCACGAAGACCCCAUCUGCAUGGUGUGUGACAGAUCAAGGGAACAUGAAAAUCACAAGGUGAUUCCUCUAGAGGAAGCUUUCGAGGAAUACAAGGGAGAGAUCUGUCGCCGCCUGGAGAUCCUGAGGAAAGAGAGAGAGGAAAUUCUGGCCUUUCAAGCAGAUCUGGACAAGGAAAGCAAAGACCUCCUUAAAUUAACAGAAACUGAGAGGCUGAAGACUGUGGAGAACUUCAGACAACUGCACCAGUUUUUGGAAGAACAAGAAAAACGUCUGCUGAAUCAUAUGGAAGAGGUGGAGAAAGAGAUUGCAGGGAGAAGGGAUGAGCAGCUGGCCAAACUCUCCAGGAAACUCUCCUCCCUUGAGAGGAUCAUCCAGGAGAUGGAGGACAAGCGUCAGCAGCCAGUGACUGAACUCCUGCAGGAUGUGAGAAGCACCUUACAAAGGUAUGAGAAAAGAGAGAGUCCAGAGAAGCCAGUGGCUUUCCCUCCAGAACUGAGGAAGCAGUUGGAAUCCUGUGAUCUAAGUCACCUUGUGGAGGAUGUAAUGAAACAGUUGAAAGAUGCUCUGUUAUGCAGAAAACAGAUUCAGAAAGAUGUCCAGUCAUUCGGAAAUCUCCAGAGAGCAAAUGUCACUCUGGAUCCAGACACAGCCCAUCCCAGGCUCAUUCUGUCCAAGGAUCGGAAAAGCGUAAGAUGCAGAGACAGACUUCUACCCAUGCCCGACAAUCCUAAGAGAUUCAGAUGCUAUUUUUGUGUGUUGGGACGUGAGGGAUUCACAGCAGGCAGACAUUUCUGGGAAGUCAGUGUGGGAAGUGGGGAAAGAUGGGCUUUGGGGGUUGCCAGGAAAUCUGUGAAUAGAAAGGGCCGCUUCUCCUUAAAGCCUGAGGAGGGGGUCUGGGCUGUGCGGAAGUGGGGAGAUGAGUACAUAGCCUGUACCUCCCCUCUUUACUCUCCUCUGUUCCUGAGGGAGGAGCCCAGGAGGAUCCGGGUGUCUCUGGAUUAUGAAGGGGGACGUGUGUCUCUUUCUAACGCUGACUCAGGAGCUGAACUCUACACAUUCUCAGGAGCCUCGUUCUCUGGAGAGACCCUCCUCCCUUACUUUUAUCUGUGGGGAAAUGAAACACACCUCAGAAUCUCCUGAGGAGACUAAACUUGCCUCCUCUGUCCCCUGUCCGCAUUUCACCAUCUUCUCCUCUAAGUGACCCCACUGUUUCCUUGUUCUUUUGCUACGGACAUACCCAUAAAAGCCCUUUUUGUUGCUUUUAACCUCUCUAGCAAGCCUGAGUUCAUUCUCUGCUUUAGCUUUUCUGACUUUGUCUCUACACGUGCUGGCUAUUUGUUUGAAUUCCUCUCUGGUGGUUUCCCCCCUUUUCCAUUUUUUGUACAUAUCCCUUCUAAAUCUUAACUCAGUUAAAAGUUCUUUAGACAGCCACCCUGGCUUCUUUAGGCACCUUCCAUGUUUCCGUCUCAUUGGUACUGCCUGAAGUUGUGCCUUUAAUAUCUCCCUUUCAACAAACUCCCAACCAUCAUGAACACCCUUCCCUUUUAGUAUUACUGUCCAUGGGAUCUCACCCAGCGUUUCCCGAAGUUUUCUAAGUCGGCUUUCUUAAAGUCUAGAAUUUGAGUCUUAGUAUGCUUGCUUGCUCCUUUCCACUGUAUAAUAAACUCCAGAAGAGCUUGAUCACUCCCACCUAAUGAUCCUGCCACUUCUACCCCACUAACCAGGUCAUCACUAUUGGUUAGGACCAGAUCUAAAAUGGCUGAUCCUCUUGUUGCUUCUCCCACUUUCUGGACAAUGACAUUGUCUGCAAGGCCAGUGAGGAAUCUGUUCGACCUUAUGCUCUUGGCUGAGUUUGACAUCCAACAAAUAUCAGGAUAGAAAUCCCCCAUUACUACUAUCUCACU